GAAUGAGUGACGCAGAGAGUGUCUGACUCCGAGUCUGUCUUUGUUGCGUUUCGAGUGUCUGUGGAAUCCCUAACCCUAAUUUAUUGUGUGGCGAAAUGGGAUCAAUUGGGGUACUCCUGGUGGCUCAGGUGAUACCGUACCUGGAGCAAGAGCUGGACAAGCGCUACAAGCUGUUUCGGGCGUAUGAUCAGCCGCAGACGGCGCAGGUUCUAAGCCAGCACGCGAGCUCGAUCCGUGCGGUGGUCGGAAACUCGAACGCCGGCGCCGACGCGGAGCUGAUCGAGGCGCUGCCGAAGCUGGAGAUCGUGUCGAGCUUCAGCGUGGGAGUGGACAGGAUAGACCUGGACAGGUGCAAGGAGAAAGGAAUUCGCGUCACCAACACGCCGGACGUGCUGACCGAUGAAGUCGCCGACCUCGCUAUCGGAUUGAUGCUGGCGCUGCUCAGGAGGAUCUGCGAGUGCGAUCGUUAUGUCAGGAGCGGCAAGUGGAAGAAAGGGGACUACAAACUGACCACUAAGUUCUCUGGGAAAACUGUUGGCAUUAUUGGGCUAGGGAGGAUUGGUCAAGCAAUUGCUAAGAGAGCUGAAGGAUUCAACUGCCCCAUAUGCUACUACUCUAGAACUCAAAAAAGAGACUCAAACUACAAGUACUAUCCUAGUGUUGUAGAACUGGCAUCUAACUGCGACAUACUGGUAGUUGCUUGCCCACUGACGGAGGAAACUCAUCACAUCAUCAACAGGGAGGUGAUCAAUGCACUGGGUCCCAAGGGUUAUCUUAUUAACAUUGGACGAGGCAAGCAUGUUGAUGAGGCAGAGUUAGUGCCAGCUCUGCUAGAAGGUCGUUUGGGUGGUGCUGGGCUAGAUGUGUUUGAAAAUGAGCCUACUGUUCCAGAAGAGCUAUUUGGGCUUGAAAAUGUUGUCUUGUUGCCUCAUGUCGGAAGUGGCACAAUAGAAACUCGAACUGCCAUGGCUGACCUUGUCCUUGGAAACCUAGACGCUCAUUUCCUUGGAAAUCCACUGUUAACACCCUUGGUUUAAUCAAUAUGCCAUCAUGGAACUACCAGGACUGAUUGUCCCCCUGCAUUACUACCGUUUAAUAACUUUUUGUGACAUGGAAAUUGAUCAUUGUAAGAGCUUCUUCAUAUUUGUGCUGGUGCUUAAUCUAUUGUAAACAAUGAUUUAGUUCACCUUCAUUGUGACAUCUUAAUAAGAUUAUCAAUCAUUCAAUAUUGAUCGACUUAACUUAA